AUGGAUGAUAAAUACGAGAGGCACGGAGCGAACUGGAGCACGUUCUUGACCAUCCGCUCCCUUCUACCGCACCCGAUGUUCUUUACAACGGGAAUGUCAGAUCCAUUCUACGUUAUACGUUCACGCCCGCGUCGCGAGACGCGAGAGUCUUCUCGCGCGGAACACCGCAGAGAUGUCUUAGGACUGCCAGGACCAGUGGAUAUAUGGGUGGCCGCAAAUACGCAGGAAGGUGCCGACCGGGUUCCGGAUUUGCCACUGGCGGAUAAUGAAGUGCGCUGCGAGGUUCAAAUGAGGUUUACACCGGGACCGAAAAGUGACGGCUCCUACGACAACUCCGACCAGGAUACGUACAUUUUACACUUGACCGUCACGGGUCGCCCGCACGGACCAUUCCACGCAGCCGAUAGUUUCGCUGUCGUUUUGGAGGAGUACAAGGGAUGGCCUUCAAGCCUCGACGCACCUGAUUGGGCGAAAUGGCCUCCGGGGCGUACCGUCAUCUUCCGACAAACUGUGACCAAAGUCGCCAAUGCAUUUCAGACAAUGUUCAGUGCUGAAGAAGCCCAGUGGCUUGUUGACAGGUUGCAUAGGCUGUAG